AGAGGAACAACGAAAAGAAUGAUGAACAUUAUAUCAUCGUCAUAAAGAGUCAACAAGAGAAAGACCUCAAAGAUUACUUCAAAAGACAACUCCAAGGGUCCAUCUACUACAAAGGCCAAUAAAACCAAGGCUGGGUAUAAUGGGCAUCCGGGGCCGGUGCAAGGAUUUUGCCACCUUAGAAAGCGAAGCGAUACUACGAGCAGGAAGACGAGAAGAAGGACGAACCCAAGACGAAGAAUGCGCCGAGCGAUGCUGCGAAACGGGGAGGAGAUCCGGGACAAUGGAAGAAGAAAAAUGUCGUCUCCGGGACAGUAAAGAGGUUCCACAAAGGGGGAGAUGAGAAGAUGACGCAAAGACCCAAUCAAGGCCAAUGGAAGAACAACCAGAAGAAGAAAGAGUUAAUCUCCGGGGCAGAAGAUCCCUUCCCCGGUCUUCCCUCCGUGCCAAGCGAUCAGCUGAGCAGAUACGAGAGAGCGAGGAAAGCGGAGACGGAUAAGAAAACUUUUCCAGCUGUGCGGAAGCGCAUGAAGGUGGAGGAGAGCAAGGUGCAGAGCGCGCUUAACCAGGCGGCGAAACACGAUCUGCUGCUGCCGGAGGAGCAAGGGUUCCUUGAAGGCGAUGAAGGGGAGGACACGAGCAUCAUAACCCAGCAGGACAUAACCGAGGCGGUGGACAUUACUAGCGCAUCAAAGCAUUUUAACCUCAACCUCAACCAGUUCGGUCCUUACAGGAUCAACUACUCUCGGAACGGAAGGCACCUCCUCCUGGCCGGGCAGCGGGGUCAUGUCUCCUCCAUGGACUGGCAUACGAAAACGCUCGGCAGCGAGAUGAACGUGAUGGAAACGGUUAAUGACGUCAGGUGGCUGCACACUCACAGUAUGUUCGCCGUGGCUCAGAAGAAGUGGCUGUACAUUUACGACCACCUCGGCGUGGAGCUGCACUGCAUCAAAAAGUUCAAUGACGUCUUACGGAUGGAGUUCCUGCCCUAUCACUUCUUACUCGCCACGUGUAGCGCGCCAGGCUUCCUGCAGUAUUUAGAUGUCUCUAUCGGAAAAGAAAUCGCGGCCACGUGCGUGAAAGCCGGGAGGCUGAACGUCAUGUGUCAGAACCCGCACAAUGCCAUCAUUCACCUGGGUCACCACAACGGGACCGUCACUCUGUGGAGCCCUUCUGUGAAGGAGCCGCUGGUUAAGAUGUUGUGUCACAGGGGAGCCGUCCGGGCCCUGAGCGUUGACAAGACGGGGAUGUACAUGGCUUCAUCAGGGACGGACAGGAAGCUGACUAUCUUCGACCUCCGAACAUACAAACCCCUGACGUCCUGUUUCCUACCCCUUGGUGCAGGGUCCCUGUGCCAUAGUCAGAGGGGGCUGCUGGCUGCGGGGGUUGGCAACGUGGUGCAGGUAUAUAAGGACACGCACAUCUCCGCUCCGAAGUCGCCAUACAUGUGCCUCUCCGUGAAAGCCCCCAUCCACGGGCUGCAGUUCUGCCCAUACGAAGACGUGCUGGGAAUCGGUCAUGGAGGAGGCUUCACCAGCAUGAUUGUGCCAGGUGCGGGUGAGGCCAACUUUGACGGUCUGGAAUGUAACCCCUACGAGACCAAGAAGCAGCGCCAGGAAUGGGAGGUCAAAGCUCUGCUGGAGAAGAUUCAGCCCGAGCUCAUCACUUUGGAUCCCACUCGGCUCGUUGAGGUCGAUGCCGUUACUAUGGAACAGAAGCACAAGGAUAAAGUAGAACGGAUGGGUUUUGACCCCUGGGAGAAGACUCGCUUUACUCCUCGCCGAAAACUGAAAGGACGAAGUUCCACUGGGAAUUUGCUGAAGCGCAAGAAGAAAGUGGCGCAUGAGGAGAAGAGGAAGAAGAUCCGGCAGAGUCAAGCGAAAAAAGAGAAAGCGAAGGACAAUAGCAACACAGACGAGGUCCCACAGGGUCAGAGGUCAACCCUGGACCGCUUCAAAAAGUGACCUAGAAGUGUCUCCUGAAGACGUCAUACUCUCCGGGGUUAUCCGGGCCCACCCCCCCUCCAGAUGUCAUUGCUGUGUAUGUGCUGUUCGGGCACAAUGGGGGGAUACGACAGAUGGGUGGUCUCCGCGUCACCCUCCCUCCACCCACGCUGUAUAUAUG